GCUCCAGGUGAUCCUGCGUCCUCGCCUCUCAACCAGAGGGAGAAGCAUUCAGCAAAGAUUGUUUUUGAGACAUCCGGCUUCUUCUUCGACGUUUGUCUGGACCGUCCAACCUACGGGAGAGCAGCGCCGGUGAAGGCAAGCAAAGGACAGGACAGCAAUUUGACGUCGGUGGUUUUGAGCCAACCAGCGGCGCGUGCACGUCCAUUUAUAUGGCGCGCCGAUCUUGUUUGGUCGGCGAUUGAACCGUUUUGCGGGUCCGCCUUGCGUCCUUCGCGAGCGCCUAGCUGCUAG